AAGAAUUUCCGCAAAAAGAAUAUGUGGGGAAUAUUAUAAUGAGAGAAAUGGAGGCUUCUGAGGAAAAUGACGAAGAUGGAGAGCAACUGAACUCACUGGGUGUCUCUGCUGCAUGUGUGUCUGUGUGGGGCAUAUAAUGCGAAGGGUUCAAUUUUCUGGACAGACAUGGAAAUGAAAGGAGAAAAAAAAAAAAAAAAAAGACAAGCAAACAAACAGAAACGAGACCGACCAAGAAUCAACGGCGGCGACCCUCACCUCGACAACAAUCGCCAUCCUCCUCCUCUUCUCCGCUGAUUCCCCUCUCUGAUGUCGAUCGCUGUUGCUUCUUCACUCUCCCUCGGUUCUUCCCAUUACAAUCCAUGUAACCCAGAAUGCUCAACAUCAUAUGGGAUUAUGAGCUCUUUGAUGAAACCUUCCCCUGAAGGUCAAAGAACACUUGAUUUUCCUGGCAUGAGGAAUUUGUUGUUUGGAUCAGCACAAAUUCAUUGGUUGCACGUAGGGAGAAAUCUGUGCCUUUCAAGAAUUUCGGUUGCUGCGGAUUAUUCUGAUUCUCUGCCCGACUCAUCAAAUUACAUAAGUGACCAUGGUUAUCAUCCCCUUGAGGAGGUGAAAGCUGGCAAAACAAUCCGAGACACUAAACUCACUUCUGCUGAAAUUGCUAGGACGACUAUAGAGGCUUGUAGCAGUGGUUUGCUUGUUUUCCCUGGGACUGUACAUUGUGAGCCCCAUGAACAGAUAUCAUGGGCUGAUUUCCAAUAUGUGCUUGAUGACUAUGGAGAUCUUAUUUUUGAAGUUUUGGAUAGUGAGAACAUUAUAGAAGAUCCUGGAGCAAGUAACCCUGUGAGUGUCUUCAUUGGGAUGGACAUGCCAGUAUAUGAGAACCAGUGGAUGGCAGGGGAGCCGAACAUUCCUGGUAUUGUUCCUGCUGAUUAUACCUUUGAAGAUGAUUAUAUUGAGGCAGCAGAAAGUGAUGAAUCCAUCAUUCCCGUUGAUUGGGGGAUGCCAGAACCAUCGAAAUUGGUUCAUCCCAUUUAUUUUGCCAAGUGCUUGUCUAAGUCAGUAAGUAAGGAGUACGAUAAGGAUAUGGACAGUCCUUCAAAUGGUGUGUCAAUUUUGGGAUGUCUGGUACCAGUUUUCGGUGACGAGGAGCCUUACUUGAGAAGGCUUUUCCGGAAUGAUGAUGAUGGCGAUGUCUAUGAUUUGGACUGGAAAGCUGCUGAUUUUUCUAACUCCUCCAAGAGAAAUGGAAACGGCUUUAACUCCACCCUCUACAGGUUGGAGAUCUUCAAAAUAGAGCUAUUCUCCGUAUAUGGUGUUCAGUGUGAAAUUAAUCGGGAUGAUUUUCUGGAUGCGGAGCCUGAUUUCCUUGUACACUCUACUUCAACAAUUUUAGAUCGGUUUGCUCAGAAGGGAAUCAGGUGCAAUGUUGCCCUCAAAGCUCUGUGCAAGAAGAAGGGUCUUCAUGUGGAGGGUGCAAAUCUGAUUGGAGUUGACAGUCUGGGUAUGGAUGUAAGAAUAUAUUCAGGUAUUGAAGUACAAACGCACCGUUUCCCAUUCAAAAUCCGGGCAACAUCUGAAGCUGCCGCAGAGAAACAAAUCCAACAGCUGCUGUUUCCUCGAUCGCGCCGAAAGAAGCUGAGGACUCAUGGUGACGGGUACAACAAUCUAAGUUCUCACUAAUAUUCCUACUCUUCUGAAUAAUCGAUGCUACUCAUUUCUUUAGAAGCAAGGAGGCCAGUUUUCGCAAUAAAGAUGAGUCACUAGGCUGUUGGGAGAAGAAGUUCCUCUUAUUUUGCUUUCUUUGCAUUUGCCUACUGUCAGCCUUUUGUACAUUUAACAGUUAGUUUCAUUGUCAUGUACAAUAGUGGAUAAGAUUGAGCCGGUGUUGUAAAUCCUUAUGCGAUAGGGGUCAGCUGGUUUCUUCUUUUUCAGGUACAAGUGAGAAUUAGUCAGAAUGCAGAAAUAACAAAAUAACUGCUUGUAUUUCCAAGUAAUUAAGUAAAACUACAUCAUUUAAUGUGAAAUUUAGUGUUAUUGCUA